AUGGACACUACUAUUUUCGAAAGAUUCGAGAACUUCCUGAAAAUCGUUGAUUUCACCUUGCUUAAUGAGGACCCCAUUCUACACGAUGAGCAAAGUGCAACACAAGAAGUAAAGCAUCCUGACAAUCCCUUCGGAUCAUCUACCUUCAUCAUCCACAAGCUCGACAUUCAAGGGACCUCGCAUGAUAGGUAUUGGCAUUGUAUUCAGAUAAGAGAAAGAGUUGGAACACAGCCAGCAAGUGACCACGACAUCCGAGCUACCGUAUUAGUUCCCCGCGGAAUUCGAACUGUAGAUGACGACGAGUGGAAAGUUUUUCUCACAGAUGCUUUUAAAGAUGACACUGAAGGUCAGGAAACAUACGGCUAUCAAUUGGAGUGGGAUGUUACGACUGUCCUCAAUUACUUGGGAGAUCUUGAGAUGACCGGAAUAUGUGACCAUGUGGAGCUCUACGGAUAUGCUGUGGAUCUCAUAACAGCUGGGUCCAAAGUGGAGUAUACGUUGAGUAAGCUUUCAAAUUAUGGUGAAGAAGAGACGGCGAUGCCGGAUGUUAUCGCUGUUUGGGAAAAAACAGAGGGUAUGUUACUUGAUUGGCAUGAGGUGGCAGUCGGAUUGGAAAGCAACUAUGCCGCUGAAGAUUCGGAUAGCGAACCUCGAAGAUGUUGA